ACAUUAAUUAAGAUCUAUUACAACCAAAUUUAUUUUUAUUUUAUCAAAAUUUAGAUAAAGCACUUAGGUAGGUACUAAGUAAUAAGAAGGUCGUAUCUAUGCAGCUUAUCAUGUCAGUAUCCAAAUCCUUAUAUAAAUUAUUUUGCUUAUAUUUGAAUAGAAUCAUACAGAAGUAGCAUCUUGAACUAAUAGCUAAUCAUCAUCUUCCUACCCUAAAGUAAUUAUCAUAUUUUCCUUUAAAGCAUCAUUUUUUAAAACACUUAAUAUGAUAUUUAAUGAAAUAAAAAAUAUUAUUAAAUAAAAAUUCAAUGUUGUGCAUAUUUCUUAUUAUUGUUAUUACUACCAGUGCGUGUGCUAUCUCCAACAAUGUAGGUACCGCUAUAUUUUACAAUAGGGCAAGGUCAGACUGUUGGAAUCAAGAGGAUCUAGCCAAACUGCGUGCCCGUAAAACAUUCGAACAACUUAUGCCGUCCUCAGUUACGCCCGAUAAAAUCGAUAAGAAAUAUACAAAAGAUAUUCUCCGGUAUUUUCAGAAAGCACUGCAAAUUGUUAAAAAUAAUGAAGAUGUUUCUACUAGAGCAGUACUAAAAGAAGCGUUAGCAGAUACCAUAGGUGGAUACUUAAGAAGCGAAUUGCUACCUACUGUUCGUUUCGCCUAUUACGCUGGUUAUAUCCCUUAUAGAAAUGCUAGACAAUUGCACGACUUCUUUGAUGAACUAAAGAUGAAUUUAAAUACACAAGGUUGGGGAUGGAAAGAACCGGAUAAAGUGCCUUCUUGGUCAAACUUGACUGUUGUAAGGAUCUUGAUUGGAGCCGGCAAAUUCUUCGACCCGUGCGCAUGUUUGGUCACCAUACGUGAUUCUAACUCUUGUAUUCAUUUGCCGUUGCCCAAGUUAGAUGACUAUAAUAGACCAUCUGCAAUUGCAUUACCAUUUAGAACGGGCGGUCUAGUAAGUUUAUCAUCACCUUACUCUCAGAAUAUCUUACUCAAGUACUAUACUACUGUUUCGAGAUGUAUAUUACAUAAUUCGCCCAAAAAUUGCCGACAUUCUGAUUUCGUAAAUUUUAAUAAUGAACUAUGGCAUUGGAUGAAAAGAGAAGUUGCGCCGCAUCUUGUAGAUGAAAAACUUUAUGCGGCCUACGGAGGUGUUUUACGAAUAGCAGCGGCAGUGCAGAGUUACGGCAAAGGCCUUUCCCGCCGAAAUCUUUUCGAAUAUGAAAGCGCAGGGUCAUCAUCCACCUGGAGUCCUUGGAAAACAUUUACACAAUCUUUUAUAUAUAUAAACGCCGAUUGGACACCGCAAUUAUAUAUCGGUCUUGUUCUCUUAGCAGCAUUGGCUAUAUGUAUAUUGCAAAUGUGUUACAACUAUAUAUUUGGAGAUGCGAAUAUCUGCCAUUGUACAGGUCGAUCCAAGAAGUCUUUGAUUAAAGAUGUCGAAUACAACAAAGUCGAUUCAAGCUUUCCAGCAAUAUUAUCAGCGCAUCAAAGCGCUGUUUAUUACAGCGAGAAAAAGAGAACGAAGCUACUGCCACCAAAAACAAAGACGUUUUCCCUUGGUUCGAUUAGGACACAGAAAGUUUAUGAUCUGAAUGAGAAUACUGAAAAACUUAUGGCUGUAAUAAUGAGUAGUAAUGAGAACUCCAUUGUCGAAUCGCCAUUACCGUCCAAAGAUGAAAGCGAUGAUACUAGUAAUGUAAUGGACACCAGUCGUUCUAAACGGUCCAAAAGUCCGCCUAAAUUGGAGACGUCAAUUGCUCAAUUACGUAUUGAUAAAACGUCGGGUAGGAAUAAAAGGGGUACAUCGCAGAUGUACUCGACGAGCACUCUUACACGUUCAGAUGUGACUUACUGUCGAGAGCUGCAGGAAAGUGAAUCCGUUUGGACAGGGACCGAGAGCUGUACAUGCAGCAGCCAAUCGGCCAGCACUGGAAGCUCGAAAUCUAGAAGUCGAAAGUCGCGGAGUAGUCGCGACUUAGCUUGGGCGCGCCGUGUUAUCUCUAGACACUCGGCACAGAAUCUCUCUAAAUCCACCACUGGCACAGAACUUGACAUCAAAUCAUAUAUGAUACCACCUUCUCAACGAUAGUAUAUGUAUUUUAUAAGUAAUUUUAAUUCGUGGGGACUUUUAUUGUAUGUAUGUAUGUAUUGAAUAUAUUGUAUUCGUUUAAGAUGUAUU